GGAGGGGCGGGGGGCGGGCGGCGCCGGUGGCUCCUGCCGGAGCCCCGAGCGCCGAUACCGGAGCGCGGAUACCGGAGCGCGGGUACCGGAGCGGGGAGUUCCCAGCGCGGCCCACCAUGAACAGCAUCAAGAGCGUGCCGGCGCGGGUGCUGAGCCGCCGCAGCGGGCACAGCCUGGAGGCGGAGCGGGAGCAGUUCGACAAGAGCCAGGCCAUCAGCAUCAGCAAAGCCAUAAACACACAGGAAGCACCAGUGAAGGAGAAGCAUGCCCGCCGGAUCAUCCUGGGGACCCACCACGAGAAGGGAGCCUUCACCUUCUGGUCCUACGCCAUCGGGCUGCCCCUGCCCAGCAGUGCCAUCCUCAGCUGGAAGUUCUGCCACGUCCUGCACAAGGUCCUGCGCGAUGGCCACCCCAACGUUCUCCAGGACUGCCAGAGAUACCGCAGCAACAUCCGAGAGACGGGGGACCUGUGGGGCCAUUUGCACGACAGGUACGGGCAGCUGGUGAGCAUCUACACACGGCUCCUGCUCACCAAGAUCUCCUUCCACGUCAAGCAUCCCGAGUUCCCCCCGGGCCUCGAAGUGUCGGAUGAGGUGCUGGAAAAGACUGCAGGGACAGAUGUGAACAACAUCUUCCAGCUGACGGUAGAGCUGUUUGACUACCUGGACUGUGAGCUGAAGCUGUCGGAGUCAGUUUUCAGGCAGCUCAACACCUCCAUGGCCGUGUCGCAGAUGUCGGCGGUGCAGUGCCGCCUGGCCCCCCUCAUCCAGGUCAUCCAGGACUGCAGCCACCUCUACCACUACUCGGUCAAGUUGAUGUUCAAGCUGCACUCCUGUCUGCCAGCUGACACCCUGCAGGGCCACCGGGACCGCUUCCACGAGCAGUUCCGCAGCCUUAAAAACUUCUUUAAGAAGGCAUCUGACAUGCUGUAUUUCAAGCGGCUCAUCCAGAUCCCGCGGCUGCCAGAGAGCCCCCCAAACUUCCUGCGGGCGUCGGCGCUGGCCGAGCACGUGAAGCCGGUCGUCGUCAUCCCUGAGGAGGCCCCCGAGGAUGAGGAGCCAGAGAACCUCAUUGAGAUCAGCACAACUUCCACCACAGAGCCACAGAUCACCUCGGAUCUGUUUGAGCAAACCUUCGGGCCGCCCAACGGCGUUUGGGAUGACAGGGAUGCACAGAUUGAGAGCCUGAAGAAGGAGGUGGAGACGCUCCGUGCAGAGAUGGAGAAAAUUAAACUGGAGGCACAGCGCUACAUCACCCAGCUGAAGGCACAGGUGAACAGCCUGGAGGGAGAGGUGGAGGAGCAGCGCAAGCAGAAGCAGAAGGCGCUGGUGGACAACGAGCAGCUGCGGGAUGAGCUGGAGAGGCUGCAGAGGGCCAAGCAGGACAGUGACAGGUCACAGCGCCUCUGCGCCGAGGCCGAGAAGAAAGCCAAUGCCACCGAGAUCCGCUACACCAAGCUGAAGGAGAAGCACAGCGAGCUCAUCAACACCCACGCCGAGCUCCUGAGGAAGAACGCUGACACUGCCAAGCAGCUGACGGUGACACAGCAGAGCCAGGAGGAGGUGGCACGUGUCAAGGAGCAGCUGGCAUUUCAGGUGGAGCAGGUCAAGCGAGAGGCUGAGAUGAAGCUGGAGGACCAGAGCGUGCAGAUGGAGCAGCUGAGGCAGGAGCUGGACGCCCGUCGGGACGAGCUGGAGCAGGCGCAGCGCUCACUCAGCCACGCCAAGCAGGCAGGUGUGGAGCUCAGUGCCCAGCUGGAUGCUCUGCAUGCUGAGAAGGAGGUGCUGAGGCGGUCGGUGAGCGAGAAGGAGUGUGAGCUGCUGUCCACACGGGGCCUUGUGCAGGAGAAGGAGCUGCAGCUGAGCCAGGAGGCAGACAAGGCCACGAGGGAGAUCCGAGAGCUCCAGGGCAGGCUCCUGGAGAAGAGCAACCAGGAGCAGAGCCUGCAGCAGAAACUGCUGGAUGAGCAGUUUGGAAUCCUACAGGAGACAGUGAGAGAAGCCCAGGCCAUCCUCAGUGAUGCCAUGGCCAAGCUGGAUGACCCCCUGCACCUCCGCUGCACCAGCUCCCCAGAUUACCUGCUGAGCCGGGCGCAGGCGGCGCUGGAGUCCACGGAUGCCCUGGAGAAGGGGCACGCGCAGUACGUGGCCUCCAUGGCAGAUGCUGCGGGGCUGGUGGGGGCUCUGGCCCUCUUUGCACACCUGACAGGUGACACCAUCGUCAACGGCAGCGCCACGGCCCACCUGGCCCCCACGGACCACGCUGACCGGCUGACGGAGACGUGCCGGGAGUGCGGGCAGCGCAGCCUGGACUACCUGGAGCAGCUGAAGGACAGGCAGAGGCUGGGCAGUGCCCAGCUGGAGCACGUGCAGGGGGCACUGCGAGGGGUCCUGCAGCUGGCCCAGGAGCUGAGACCCAAGAGCCUGGACAUCAAGCAGGAGGAGCUGGGGGACAUGGUUGAGAAGGAGAUGGCCUCCACCUCAGAGGCCAUUGAGGAUGCUGUCAGGAGGAUAGAGGAGAUGAUGAGCCAGGCCAGGAAUGAGAGCUCUGGGGUUAAGUUGGAAGUGAAUGAGCGGAUUCUGAACUCCUGCACGGAUCUAAUGAAGGCUAUCAGACUUCUUGUAACAACAUCUACAAACCUACAGAAGGAGAUAGUGGAAAGUGGCCGGGGGGCAGCAACAACUCAGGAGUUCUACGCCAAGAACUCGCGCUGGACCGAAGGGCUGAUCUCUGCCUCCAAGGCCGUGGGCUGGGGAGCCACACAGCUCGUGGAGUCUGCAGACAGGGUUGUCCUGCACACAGGGAAGUACGAGGAGCUGAUCGUCUGCUCCCACGAAAUCGCUGCCAGCACAGCCCAGCUGGUGGCUGCCUCCAAGGUGAAGGCUGAGAAGAGCAGCAGGAACCUGGCCAGGCUCCAGGAGUGCUCACGCAACGUCAACGAGAUGGCAGCAAACGUGGUGGCUUCCACCAAGUCGGGGCAAGAGCAGAUAGAGGAGAAAGACACCAUGGACUUCUCGGGCAUGUCCCUCAUCAAGCUGAAGAAGGAGGAGAUGGAAACGCAGGUGAAGGUGCUGGAGCUGGAGAAGCGGCUGGAGGGCGAGCGGGUCCGGCUGGGCGAGCUGAGGAAGCAGCACUACGUCCUGGCCGGGGGCUGCGAGGACGCGCCGGAGGACGGGGAGGCCAGGCCGGCGCCGGCGCCGCGGCGAGGGAUCCUGAAGAAACCCCCCAUUGCCCAGAAACCCGGCCUGGGCGAGCCGUAGCAGUCCCCGGGCCCACACUCCGCGGUGCCUUCGCGCUGCUGUGCCUUCACCGCCCGGCCUGGAGACCAUCCCACACUGGAUGUCUGCUAGAGGAAUAGAUUCUAUUUUUUGUUUUCCUUUUUUCUGAACUCUGCGCUCCCCAGGCACCGCUGAGUGCCCUCUUCCUCCUUUUCCCUUCCUCCUUCUCCAUUUCCUCUUCCUCCUUCUCCUUUUCCUCUUCCUUCUCCUUUUCCUCCUCCUCCUUCUCCUUUUCCUCUUCCUUCUCCUUUUCCUCCUCCUCCUUCUCCUUUUCCUCUUCCUUCUCCUUUUCCUCCUCCUCCUUCUCUUCCUCCUCCUCUUUUUCCUCCUCCUCCUCCUUCCAACCGGCUCUCCCUGUUUAAUUUAAUUUGGGGUUUGUUUGGGUUAAUUUUUUUUUUUUUUUUAAGGACUUUAUCAGCACUAGAAGUUUUCAGUAAAUGUAGCUCUACUGUACUGCUCAGACCCUUUCCAAGAACUGUGAACUGGUUUUACAGUAGGAAACUGGUGGGCUUUUCUUGCAACCAUUUUUUUAAAUUCCCCUUUUUCCAGCCUGAGGAAUAUUUGACUUCGUUUUGGCGUGGGAUCAGCCCUCAGCAGGAAGGGAAACAUUUGCCUUCCCCAGCACGUGGAGCAGGGCUUUUGUUAGGGAAAGCAGUUACUGACAAACACUGGCAAUAAGGAUUCAAAUGUUUUUAUUUUUUUUUCCUUUUCUAUUUUUUAUUACUACAGCAAUGUCAAGGGAUCAGUUGCAUUAUGUUUUAUAUUUAAGAUAAUUAGCAGAAUUAAAUCUAACUGUGGCCUAUGGGAGCCAGGGACUAGAGAAGUCUGCAGCAAUAAGGAAUUGCUGAUGUGGAGAGAUGAGGGGGCAGAAUCAAAAUCCUGUCAGCUGUGUCUUCCCUUGGAGCAACUACCAGGAUGUAGAUUAUUAAAGGAGCAAUAUUUAAAAUA